AGCGAUUCUUGGUAUUUCUCGUCCUUGGGCCGUUGGGCACCGCUGGAGCCGACAACCAUGGAGGCGGCCCUCCGCAACAUGUUGGAGUCGACGUUUGGCGAAUUCGUGGAAGGAUUGGACAAGCAAGCCGCGAGCUUUCCGUUGACUCUCAAGGACCUAAAGCUAAAAGAGAAGAGAAUCCAAGAAGAGCUCGAUGAGGAUGGAAAGUUCCCCUUCGACCUCACGGAUGGAAGGAUCGGCCACAUCACCGUCACGCCCGGGUGGAUGGGAACGGUUGAAGUAGUGGCGAGCCAGGUCGUGCUGAACUUUAGUUUUAGCGCGAUGAAGGCCAUGAACAAUGCCAUGAAAAAGGACUCGGAUGAUGAGGAGGAGGUCGCGCCAAGGGCGGCACCGCCAGCGGAUGUGCCACCUAGGUUCUGCCAGAGGCACUUCACCUCUCAGCAGCGGGAGAAGAUCGACCCCGUGAUGCGGCCAUGCCAGAAGUGCGGCGCGCAGAUUACGAGCACCUAUGCGAGCAUGACUUUGUGUCCACCCUGCUCCAACACGGAGGAGAGUUGCAUGAUCUGUGGCGACCACGCGCCCGUCGCCAGCAACUACAUCCCGCCGAAGACCUUGAGUUCCCAGCCGCCGACCAUGCCACCUGGCAUGGUCUACGCCAUGCCCGACAAGCCGCCUGGGAGCACCUUGCCGCCACCGCCACCCAGUGCUCAGUCGCCCUCGCGCAUGAGCGCCCAACGCGACUUCGACUGGCGUGGCAGCCCCAGCGCGCGGCCACCGUCCCCGCCGCCGCCGCCACCGUCCAAUCGGAACCUGGGACGCAUGGGAGCGCCAGGUGGUGGGCUGCAGCCGGAACACCGCUCCAAAGAGAGUCUUCGAGCCGAGCGAUCGCGACAGGAGAAAGGCCCUAGCGGCCUCUUAGCCCAAGCCGAGCUGCCGGCCGCGCGCGCGGGAGCUUCCGAUGUCCGCGCUGCCGAGCGGUCGCAGGUCUCGAGACCCGGGACGUGGGAGGUGAUGUACGGCUCAGCGAGUAGCCAACUGUUGCGGGUGUCCUUUCGCCGGUGUUUGGACCUCUCCUUUCCCAUCAGCGUCGUCACCCCUGGGAGCGCAUGGACCACUUGCCUCAACAGCGACGCCAACCGGGACAUCAACCGCGAUGUCAAGGAUCUUGGCAUGAGCCCCACGCGCCGGCGGCCUGCAGUGCGUGCGUGAGACGUGCACGCACGAGACGUACAGUCAAAAGAGCCGCCUGGACUCCCCCUGGGCUGCUUGGAGCCCGGCGAAGGGCCGGGUGUGAUGAUGAGCUGAGGCUUGCACAUGAGUGUUUAUUGGUGCUGCUUGGUGUUUCCC